AUUCAAAGAUUGUCAACAUGUUUUACUUUUCUGGGUCCAAACACACGACGCCGAACUGUCCCGUUCGACUAARACCUGAUUUCAACCCGUCAAGUGGUGCUCAGAGUUACUUGUCAAGUGAUAAAGAAUGUACGGACUCUGCAUCGUAUUAUCUUCCAUUUUUCUUAGAGAGACUGGGGCCUAAAUUUUCUGAAUGGAGUAUUAAUGCUCACGAGGCUCGCCCUGGACAUCAUCUACAGGUCCAGGGACGCGUUGAACAUUUCAAGGUUACUUGCACCGAUUCUCUGGGCUGGAUAAAUCAAAACACGUACACUGCUUUYAGUGAAGGGUGGGCCUUGUAUGCUGAGAAUCCACUCAUUGCUGAAGACACCGAUACGUACAACGAUGAACCUAUGCAACGAUACGGCAUGCUGCAAUUGCAGGGGAUGACUAGAGCCGAGGCCCUCAAACUUCACAGUGAUAAAGCCUGGGACGACACAGAUGUGGCCGAAAAAGAAGUCACCCGUUAYCAGAGCGUCGCGGGUCAAGCUACCGGGUAUAUGAUUGGUCAAUUGGUUAUUAAGAAAACCAGAGAGAAAGCAACUAGAGAAUUGGGAAGCGACUUCAACUUAAAGGAUUUCCAUUACCAAGUACUAUCCCAGGGUGCUUUGCCGCUUGGGUACUUGUCCGAUCAUAUAAAUCGAUACAUCAUGUGCAAGAGGACCCCUUCAARAUCAGGUUGCGAAGAAAUACUUGUGCCCACAAAAACGGCAAACGUUAUGACGUCAUCGUACAACAAAGAGACGUCAUACUUAAGAGGAGUGACGUUAGAAAGAUCACAACCUUCUUUCUUGUAUCCACAUGAGAGACAUUACAUUUAG